AUGCUGAACGAUUUCUUCAAUAAUUCCAUGCAUUCACAUACUUCUUCUCGCUCUGCAGCACAAGCAACAAUCGGCAAGCACACGCUUGCAACAAUUGCCGGUCAUGACACUGUUUCGAAUAACAGAAGCAGUGGCCCACCACUCACCCCUCCUGAGCUGAGUCCGUCCACACCUUCCACUUCUCCUCCUCCCUUCGAGCCAGAACGUCCCAGAGAUACACCUUUGCAGUCAUCCCCAACAACUCAGUUCACUGUACCUCUGAUUGAAAGACGUAGUCAGAGCAUGUAA